AUGAGACUUUGGGUAUUACGAAUAAAUGCUCAAACUCCCAAAGAAAUUAACAUAAAUUAUGGUCAACGUCGAUACCCGACAGCGCUUCGCCUCUCCACUCAUUUUGCAUAUUUUACAGAACUUUCUUCGACCCAAAGUUUAGCAACUCAAUUAACAAUUUUUGGGAUAGAUGAUGAGUGUUCGUUCUAUACUCAAGCAGCUGCGAAGCGAUGA